AGGGGGCACGCGCACGCGCACAGACUGGGCUAUUUAAAAUGGCCACCACGGCGUUCGCGGGCGUGCGGCUGGUGUCGAUCGCGGAGCAGAACGGGGAGAUCCAGCGGCACUCGGAGCAGCAGCCGCUGCGCCUGGAGAUCCGCACCACCCAGGACAACGCCUUCCUCAGCCUCCACAGCAAUGAGGCUGUCUGUGUAUUUAAAUGUGCGGUGAAUCGGGAAACGGAAUGCAGUCGGGUCGGCAAACAGUCCUUCAUCAUCACGUUGGGAUGUUCCAGUGUCCUCCUGCAAUUUCCAUCGCAAAAUGAGUUCUACUCCUUUUUUAAUAUUCUGAAAAACUGCAGAGGGCACAACCUUGAACGAUCUGUUUUCAGUGACCGAACAGAAGAAUCUUCUGCUGUGCAGUAUUUCCAGUUCUAUGGAUAUUUGUCGCAACAGCAGAAUAUGAUGCAAGACUACAUACGAACAGGCACCUACCAAAGGGCAAUACUUCAAAACCAUGCCGACUUUAAAGACAAGGUGGUGCUAGAUGUUGGCUGUGGCUCUGGAAUUCUGUCGUUUUUCGCAGUGCAGGCUGGAGCACGCAAGGUGUAUGCAGUGGAAGCAAGCACCAUGGCCCAGCAUGCAGAGAUGCUGGUGAAAAGCAACAGCCUAUCAGAUCGCAUCCUCAUCAUCCCAGGCAAGGUGGAGGAGGUCAGCAUCCCGGAGCAUGUCGAUAUCAUCAUCUCAGAGCCCAUGGGCUACAUGCUGUUCAACGAACGCAUGCUGGAGAGCUACCUGCACGCCAAGAAGUGGUUGAAACCAAAUGGUAAUUUGUUUCCAACCCUGGGUGAUGUUCACCUUGCACCCUUCACAGAUGAGCAGCUUUACAUGGAGCAGUUUACAAAAGCAAAUUUCUGGUAUCAGCCGUCGUUCCAUGGUGUGGAUUUAUCAUCCUUGCGGGCUGCUGCAGUAGAUGAAUACUUCAAACAGCCAAUCGUCGACACAUUUGAUAUCCGGAUUCUAAUGGCCAAGUCGGUGAAGUACACAGUGAACUUUCUAGAAGCCGAAGAGAAUGAUUUGCACCGAAUAGAAAUUCCAUUCAAGUUCCAUAUGUUGCAUUCAGGGUUAGUCCAUGGUUUGGCAUUCUGGUUUGACGUGGCCUUUAUUGGAUCUCAAAUGACAGUGUGGCUCUCCACAGCUCCGACUGAACCUCUGACUCAUUGGUACCAAGUUCGUUGUUUGCUUCAGUCACCGCUGUUCACCAAGGCUGGUGAUACUCUCUCAGGGACUGUUGUGCUAAACGCCAAUAAAAGGCAAAGUUAUGACAUUAGUAUUCUAGCCCAGGUAGAUCAGACUGGUUCCAAAUCUAGUAACUUACUCGACUUGAAGAAUCCCUUUUUCAGGUACACGGGUACAACGCCCUCACCGCCCCCUGGUUCACAUUAUAUAUCUCCAUCAGAGACCAUGUGGAACACAUCUGCUUCUUACAACCUGAGCUCAGGACUAACGGUCUCUGGAGUCCCAGCAGCUUAUGACUUGAGCAAUGUGAUUGCCAGUGGAUCUGCAGUCAGCCACAACAACCUGAUUCCAUUAGCCAACACUGGGAUAGUGAAUCACACUCACUCAAGACUGGGAUCCAUUAUGAGCACAGGAUUUAUACAGGGCUCAUCGAGCGGCGGACCGGGUGGAGUUAUUCCCAGCAGCAGUCACUAUUCGAUCAACAAUCAGUUCACCAUGGGCGGCCCUGCCAUCUCAAUGGCCUCUCCGAUGUCCAUAAGCACCAACACAAUGCACUAUGGCAGCUAAGAGUUCACAACACCACCUCUGACCUUUAGAACUGAUACUUUCAAGAGGAAUUAAAAAACAAAUCCAGAUUCAGUUCCCUCCAAAUAAAAGUCUAUGAAUUGUCCAAAUUCAUCGUCCCAUGGAUUUAGCUAAGCUCGAGAUGGGGAAAGUAGGUGUGUGCGUGAGGGGUGGGUAGGGAAGGUGUCUUUUUUUUUCUUGGUUUUUACCAUGGAGAUACAAUAAUGCUUUGAUACCAGACUUGUAAAGUUUUAUAUACUUAAAAUAAACAAGAAGGAGGGGGGGGGGGGAGAUGAAACGAUGAUUGCUGUCUGAUCCUGCAAUUGGUUUGUAGUCAGUAGAUAUCCUUGCUAGUCUGUCUUCUAGAAAUCCUGCCAUAAGUGUUAAUGCACCUUCCACUACAGAUUUAUCAGGGUAAUGGAGCUAGUGGUUUAUGGAGGGUUUUUCUUCUCCAGUGUGCCCCAACCUCGCCUCCCCUCACUCCCUCCAUUACGCUAACCUCAAAUAAAUCACUCCGCAAUUUCAAUUGGCAUUUUUAAAAUUCUAAAUUGGCUUUGGGCAUGAGCAGGCUGACUAUCAAAUGUAUUUGAUAUUUGGACAUGGUUUCAUUUAAAGCAUUUGGUGUGUUGUUUUAAAAGUUUAAGCACCAGCAGGCAGGUGGAAAUAUUUCCCUGACUUUGAAACGUGUAAUGGAUGAGAAGCUUUAAGCUUGUUUUGUGAAAGACAGUUUUGCAGAUUUGGUGUUGGCUAUAGUAAAAGAGGAGGAAUUGGAUUAUAUAUAUUUUUUGGUGUUGAAUUCUCCGUUCCUUUAUACCUGCCUGGUUUGCCUCUUUGUCUGCCUGCCCUGUUUCUUCGUUUUGACAGUUUUUGCAGGAUCACCUCAAAGCUCAGCAACGUAAAGGCCGGCCGGCCGGAGUGUGCGGCAAAUAACCUGCGGAGGGGCGAAUCUGGCGCUCGGCGUUGCAGAGACGGACCUUGAGCAAGCCACCUCAUCGCUGAAUCCAACCCAAAUGUGGUUCUUUAACGCUUUGCAUGCAGACAUUUACACUGAAGAAUGACCGAGGCUCCUGCGCUGAAUCCUCGCCUGGCUGUUUUCAACAGUUCCGCCUCUCAGUGCUACAUGUCUGCCGAUAUCUUGUUCUUGGGUUCAAACUACAUGCAAUGGUAGGUUGAGGGCACUGUUCUGGUGCCAUUGCUAUUGGUGCCAUACAUACAUGACUUAAAAACGGGUCUGGCUGCUUUGGCAGCAACUUGUGUGGGUAUAUAUGUUGGAAUUUGUUUCUUUGUACCUUUAAAGGGAUGCUGCUGAAUUGGGUUCUAGGUGAUCUCCAGCAGUGCGACACCACAGUUAGGGUACAGGAUUUUGUGCUCCACACUCCAGAUUCAUUCAUUCUACUUGCCUCCACGUUUGCCUCUGAUUAACUUCCAAACCUCGAGAUUGACGGGAAUGAAACUCCGCUUUUCUAUCAGAUGGAGAGGAAACGGGGCUGUUUUUCCAGCAUCUUCUGAUUGUAACUUGCAGCAAUGUCUGUAUAUUUCUAUUGAAAUAGUUGUAUAAUUGCUGGCAGCAAUCUCCGAUAGAAGAAUUUAUUUAAUCUCUGCAGACUAUAAAUUCUCGAUGUCUUGUCAUACAAGGCAUUUUACUUUUUUUGAGGAAAGGAUUCAAAGCCUCCUGGCUCCUUUCCUUUCCAAAAUCUUGUGCCCUGACUAAGUUCUUUGGCUGCCUUCAUUUUUCAUGUUGUCUUUAAUGCUUUUGCCGUAUGCAAACUAAAUCAGCAGCACGGCCAUUGCAGUGCCAGGGACGGAGGGUAAACAGCCCUGAUUUCCCUGCGCAAGCUGAUAAAAUGUUUCUCUGCACACCGAUUUUCUAUUUGAUACACCGUGACCUAAAAUGUUGAGGAUCAGGAUAGAGUUGUUAAGAAGGGGGUCAGCUACAGCUUAGUGAUGUUGUGUGAGACUGCGUGUUUGUGUGUGCGAGAGGGAACUUGAACUUCUGCAAUAAAAUCUUACGUUGCCUCUUUUGCAUGACGCUUCAGUGCAAGGAUUGAAUUUAACUAGAAGGUGCUCCUUCACCUGCCUUCCUGGUAUGGAUCUGAUAGACGAGUUGAUUAACAAGUGCCCUCCACCAAUACAUGGCAGUGUGAGUUUACUUGUGUGGCAGCAGCAGAGUCUUGCAUAAAGCAUUGGCAAACCAAGAGUAUCUGCAGUUCCCAGAGAACUUUAGAGAUUCGAGUUGUAUUCUAUCCAGUUGAACACUACUAGCAGGGGUGAGUGGUUGAAUUUACCUGUAUGCAGUGGCUUGUCAUGUGGGGAAGUACACCAGGAUAUUACUGAGACUAACUAACGUUCAACAAGUAUCUUGACCUCUGUAGAUGUCCGCAGAUCUCUAAUGAGCCCCAGGUUUUUGUUAGACAAACUUUUUUUUUAAAUGUGCAUCCGUCCUUGCAAAUUAUGGGUCCCCUGCAUCCUACAAUAACCACUGUGAAGGAAAAUAAAAGGAGACACAAUGCCUGAGUAACUCAGCGGGUCAGACAGCAUUUCUGGAAAACAUAGAUGGGUGAUGUUCAAAAGGUCCCGACCCAAAACAUCUCCAUGUUCUCCAGAGAUGCUGCCUGUGAGAUGAUUUUUUUUGGUAAGUAGUUCCUUGUUUCUACAACCACUUUGUCAAAAUUAACAAUAGAAACAAGGGUACACAAAAAGCUGGAGUAGCUCAGCGGGUCAGGCAGCAUCUCCUGAGUCUUGACACGAAUCAUAGUACAUGCCUACAGAUCUGAUGAGCAAGAACUAGCUCACGUUUUUGUGGCUGUGGUUUUUUUAUACUACUCUUCACUUCCCUAUUAUUUACAGCAUUAUCCUGAGAUUUUACUUCCCCCCCCCCCCUCUCC